CCGCCGGCGCCGGGCUCCACGUGCCAGUGUUUGUGUACGUGCGGCCGUGGCGGGGCUGGACAGGGUCCAGGUGGUUGGGGAUUAGGCAGUUCGGGCGUAACCGGAGCUGGGGCGCGGCUGCCAAGGGCCGGCCCGCAAGUGCCAUUGGUCUUUAAAUUCUCCCGUGCUAGGGCCGGCCUGCGCACUCUUACCUGCCGGGUUGCGGGGAGCGUCACACCGCUCUGCACUUCCAGGGACUCUUGUCAUUUGCCUUAGGCGGGAAAUGUUGUUGCUGGAUUGCAACCCCGAGGUGGAUGGUCUGAAGCAUUUGCUGGAGACAGGGGCCUCCGUCAACGCACCCCCGGAUCCCUGCGAGCAGUCGCCUGUCCACUUAGCCGCAGGAAGCGGCCUUGCCUGCUUUCUUCUCUGGCAGCUGCAAACGGGCGCUGACCUCAACCAGCAGGAUGUCUUAGGAGAAGCUCCACUACACAAGGCAGCAAAAGUUGGAAGCCUGGAGUGCCUGAGCCUGCUUGUAGCCAGUGAUGCCCAAAUUGAUUUAUGUAAUAAGAACGGGCAAACAGCUGAAGAUCUCGCUUGGUCAUGUGGAUUUCCAGACUGUGCCAAGUUUCUUACAACAAUUAAAUGUAUGCAGACAGUAAAAUCAAGUGAACACUCUGAUAGGAAUGAUUGUGUUCCUGUGCUCAGACAGAAACGAAGUUUUGGAAGUGUAGAAAAUAUCAGUGGGAAAAGGAAGUGCUGGUUCUUCUAAGGAACUGUUCUUUCUGUGAGGAACUUUCUAUGGAAGCUGGUUGGCCCACAGCUUUUGCAGAUGGAUCUGCUGCCCUGAGUACACUCUAAUGACCAAGACCAGAAGUGGGCCCCUAACUCGUCUAGGAGUUCGAUAAAGGAGGAGGAAUACAAUCAAGUCAGAAGACAAGUUCAACUAUAUUAAUUACUAGGUAAAAAGUAUCUGUAGUCCUUGUUUACAUUUGAUUAUUGGAUUAUCUACUGAUUAAUGGAUUAAUUCUACUUUGGAAUAAGAUUAUAGUAAAGUAUGUUUUCAGUUUAUAUCAAGUUGUGAAACGUAAGGUUUUAUCCAUAAAGUAACUUUUUAGAAAACAACUACACUCUACUAGUAACGUAGGCCUGAAAAUGAGUGAUUUAGUUCUUGUAAAAUGGUUCUUAUCUUAAUGGCACAUCAGAAUUACCUAGAAAGCUUACUGAUGCCUGGGUCUCUGUCCCAGAAAUGUAGUUUAAUGUAGUCUGGUGGUAGGGAUUCAAAUGUGGACCAAAACUGAGAACAAUUUAUUAGUUGAAGGAAUGGGUGGAAAAGAAUAUUCUGCACCCUCUCCCACCCUUCCACGGGACUAGUAAAGGAUGGCCAGCUGCAAUCUCCUUCAAGGAAUGCUGGUAUCUGAUACAGUUUAGAUGUCUGUCCCCUCCAAAUUUCAUGUUGAAAUGUGAUCCCCAAUGUUUGAAGUGGGGCCUGGUGGGAGGUGUUUGAAUCAUGAUCCCUCAUGAAUGGCUUGGUGCCAUCCUCACAGUAGUAAGAGUGAGUUCUCCUAUCAGUUCACAAAAGAGCUGAUUCUUUAAAAGAUCCUGGCACCUCCUCCCCUCUCUUUUGCUCAUUCUUUUGCCAUGUGAUACACUGCCCCCUCCUUUGCCUUCCACCAUGAUUGAAAGUUUCCUGAGCCUCACCAGAAGCAGAUGCUGGCACCAUGCUUUUUGUACAGUCUGCAGAACUGUGAGCCAAAUCAACCUCUUCUUUAUAAAUUACCCAGUCUCAGGUAUUCCUUUAGAAAGAUGCAAAACAGACUAAUACAGUACUUUUAAUUCCUGAUCUUUCUGAACUGCUCUGUGGCUUCUGGCACCACUAAUUGUACUUUUCAUGAGUGAUUUCAUUUAUAAUGAGGGUGUUAACUAUCACCCUUCAGAGACAUUACAUUCUCUAGCUCCAACUCUGACCACACUCUUCUAAAUUUCUGACUCAGCCAAAUGCCUGUUGGGAAUCUGUACUUGACCUUCCACUGGCAUCAAAUGAAACAAAUCUCAAACACAGCCCAUCCCAUUCCUCCUCUGAGAUGUUCUUUAUCUCAGUUUGUGGCUGUAGUUCAAGUCAGCAACAGGAAGACAUCCUAGAAUUUGCUUCAUAUAAACCCUGUUGAUUUUUCUUCCAUAGAGUUCUUGUACUCAUCCCCAUAUACUGUAGUAUUUAAGAGAGUAGGUUCUGGAGACUCAGGAUUAUAUAUAUAAUUGCAAGUCUGUAAUGUACAAUUCUCGAUGCACAUUUACAAUGUGCUCAUUGUAGAUAUUUACAUUUAUUGUGACAAUUAAUGAAGAGGGGAGUAAACUUUCUUAAGGGAACAUCUUUUUCUAAUUUGCACAGAGGUGCGCCAUGGGCUGGUGGGUGUGAUGGAACACAGUGUCUAAGUGCUGAAGAACCACAGUACACACUAAGACCCCUAUUUUGAAAUAAAUGAGUAAGUACUAACAUUUACUGAGCUCUUCAAAUGUAAAAGGCAGGCAGGCAGGGUGCAGUGGCUUACGCCUGUGAUCCCAACACUUUUGGAGGCGGAGGCAGGAGGAUCACUUUGAGCCCAGGAGUUAGAGACCAGACUGGGCAACAUAGGAAGAUGCCCAUCUCUACAAAAAACAAAAAAAAAAAAAAAAAAAAAAAAUUUAGCUGAGUGUGGUGGGCUGCACCUGUAGUCCCACCUACUCGGGAGGUUCAGGUGGGAGGACUGCUUGGGCCCGGGAGGUCAAUGCUGCAGUGAGCCAUGAUCACACCACUGCACUCCAGCCUGAGCAACAGAGCAAGAUCUUGUCUCCAAAAAAUAAAAUAAAAUAAAACAAGAACAUGUAAAAGGCACUAUGCUAAACAUACAUACUCACUCCAAUCCUCAGAACAGUAUUAAAUAGGUACCAAUACAAUUUUUCUCAUUUUACAAAUCCUUUGUCACAUUUCUAUAAGGGUCACUGUUUUUAUUUAUUCUAAAAUUGUAAUCUGUUGAAAGAUCAUAUACCUUUUGUCCCAAUUCUACUUGUGGGAAUUUAUUCUAAGGAAACAAGAAAGUUGAGGACAAAUUUAGCUUCAAGGUUGUCCAUUUAUUCUACUGUUGUUCAUCACAGAAAAAUAAAUGGAAACCACUUAAAUAGCUAUUAAUAAGAAGUCAGUUAAAGAAUACUACCAUACAAACUAGUAUGUACCCAUUUAAAUAAAAAAUAUUUAUAGAUACUGAAGAUAAAAGUUAGACAGGAAAGAGCAAAUUUUAACUCUGCUACUUACUGUAUCAUUUUAAACAAUUUAACUAAUCACUUAAGUCUGUUUCUCUUCUGUAAAACUGGAAAAAUACACAACUUCCCAGGGUUGUUAUGAAGAUUCCAUAAGACAUCAUUCAUGAAAGCACUAGUCUUCCUAGACUUCCGAAUUCGCUGAGAUACCCUCUGAAGAAGUAAUACUGAAGCUGAGAUCUGAAGGGUGAGUGAAGCUGCAACAGCCCAUUCCAGGCAGGGGCAUCGAUGAGUGAAGAUCUGCUUAAAAGACCACUUAGGUGACUACUCCAGAUGGUUAGAUCUCAAGGCCAAGGAUGGUGCGGAUUCGAAUCUCCUCGUAUCCCCCGCAGCGUGUUUGGAAUGGAUUCUCCCGUACCCGGGGCAACACAUCAUACAAUAAACGCCAGCUGUUGUGGAACGUGCAGAGGCGCUUCGCAGCCCAGGCGUGUCGCGGGCACCUGGAAACCCUCGCCGCUCCCGCAGCACAGUUAACCUGGACGAGCUGGGGCAACCCGAUCUCGGCUGUCGGAGUGGGUGUCCUCAGGAGAGGUGACUUGGUCCUCGCGGACGCCAGGUUUUGCCCCUUAGAUACCUGCCACCUCCCAGCCUCCGUUUCCUUCCUGAGAAAUAGACUCCUCAUCCACCCCCUCCAGUUUUCUGCCCCUUCUUCACCUCUCACGACACUCUAUCCGUACCUUUUCCAAGGGAACGUGCCAUAAUUCGGCUAUGCUCUAUUUUCUUGUCUAAUAGAUUGUAAGCUCCUUGUGGGCAGCAUCUGUGCCUUCUUAAAUCUGUGUUUCUAGUUUCUACCAGCAAGCUUGACCCGAAGGGUCAUUAAAUAAAUGAAUGAAUAAUUUUGUAAA